CUAAAUAACUCUUUGGAAAAAAAAAAAAAACUCUCUAACACGAAGCCCUCGCUGUUCUGCCACUUUCCUUCCUUGAACGAAAACUCUCGCUUCUCUGGUGGAACGUAUCGCCGUCGUCGCCGGCCACCACUUUGAUAAGCAAAUAGAGUGAGGAUGGGAUUGUCAAAUGCAAGUGGGGACUUGUCAACGGAAGUGGAGGUAGAUGCUUUCAGACGCCUCUUUCCUCUUCGUUUCUAUGAGAAACAUCUUUCAGAAUCUAUACGCCCUGAUGCUCGGCCACUUGGAAGAGCAAGAGAUACCACUAUUGCCCUUGGGGCUGUGGCAUCUGCUAAUGGUUCAGCACUUGCAAAGAUUGGCUCAACUACAAUGUUGGCUGCUAUCAAAAUGGAGGUCAUGACCCCCUCAACAGAAACACCAGAUGAGGGUUGUAUAGCUAUCGAUUUCCACAUGCCUCCUAUUUGUUCUCCAAUUGUAAGGCCUGGCAGACCGGCUGAGGCAGCACCAGUUGUGUCAAAGCAGUUAUCUGACACUAUUUUAAGUUCUGGCAUGAUAAGUCUGAAGGAACUGUGCUUGGUUAGUGGAAAAGCUGCUUGGAUGGCAUAUAUGGACGUAUACUGCUUGGAUGCUGAUGGUGCUCUUUUUGACACUGCAUUACUCUCAGCUGUUGCUGCUUUUUCUCAUUUGGAAAUCCCAGUAGUUUCUCUCAAUGAUGAUGGAAAAAUAGUUCUUUUGUCUGAGGAACAAGAAGGCAUGUCAGAAAGGGAGCCAGUCAAUAAGGAGAAGAGAAAACUUACACUAUGCAACAUUCCAUUCUCAUUGACGUGUAUACUUCACAAGAAUUACAUUCUGGCAGAUCCUACUGCAGAGGAAGAAUCUAUUAUGGAAACCCUUGUAACUAUAGUCUUAGAUUCAUCUAGUCAACUUGUGUCGCUCUAUAAACCGGGUGGACCAGUUCUUGCAUAUACAUCAGCUAUCCAGGAUUGCAUUGCAAUAACACGGCAAAGAGUGAAGGAACUUCAGACGAUUCUAGAGGAAGCCAUUUCUGGAAUGGAGGUUGACUAAUCUUGUUGUUUACUCAGUUAAGGUGUUUGUCAGUCAAUUUGUGCAGUUUAAUGGUAGUAAUUGUCAUUUUAAAUUAUCAUUGUUCAUUGUAUUGCGUUUGUUUAGUGACCUUACUGGUUCAGGACAGACUUUGGGGGAGAGAGUGUAAUGAAUCAAUUCUGAUACGUAAGUGGAAAAUUUUGUUUAUUGCCUUUUGAUA